GACGAUUCGGCCCCCACGCAAUUCCCCUCCGAGUUGUACAGAAGAAGCUGGGUUGCCAUGCUUGAAAAGCUCCUCCCUCACUUGCUUUUAACCCGCCACGCUCUCGAUCCAUGUUGGCUCACGCCUAACGUGCGUGGCAGAGCCUCGUGGCUAUAGGCAUUCUCCCUACGGGCACAUAAGCACUAGCAUGGAGGAUGAUCGUGGUUUCCUCCUGGACAUUGAUGCCUCUAUCACCGAUGUUUACAGUAAAUUGGAGUCCGGAGAACUUCGAGUUCUCCUCUUGGCCCCCGGGCAGAAAGGGACACCUAUCCAGUGUAAGAUAGAUGUCAUCUUCAGUUCGAAGAGUGUGCAGUUUGAAGCACUCAGUUAUGUCUGGGGCGAUACUAAAAAGUCCCACGCCAUUUCCUGCAACGGUUUCGACUUUGCCGUCACCGAGUCCCUCCAUACUGCGUUACAACACCUGAGAUAUCCAGAUUCCUCGCGAAGAUUGUGGGUCGAUCAAUUGUGCAUCAACCAAGAUCGUGAUGAUGAAACAAGGGUCCAAGUAGCCCAAAUGGGGACAAUAUAUUCUUCCGCAACCAGAGUCGUCGUGUGGUUAGGCCAAUGCAACCGGAAGAUGUCUGUGGCUUGGGAACUCCUGCAGCAAACCUCGCUCAGCUCUAGCCUUGCUCGAUCCGAUUUCUUGUCUUCAUCCUCGACUUCCUCCACCUCCACCUCCACCUCCACCAAACCUCCCAGAAGCCCCCGGCGUCAAAGCAGCAGCUCUUCAAUCUCAAAACAUUCUAGCCGUGCCUCUAGAUUCCGGUCAUCCAAUUCCCGAGAGCCAUUAUCUUCCUCCGUAUCCAGUGCCAACAACGUUACCCCAACAAGGCCCAAGAGUCAACGUCAAGACACUCCUCCGAGCUUGAAAUCAGCUUUGCUAAUCUUCCAACAUACCUGGUUCGGGCGAAAAUGGACCUUUCAGGAAAUCAUCUUAGCCAAAGCAGCCAUUAUCUGCUGUGGUGACCUUGAGAUGGCCUGGAGCGAUCUGACCUCUUGGUAUUUCCACUACGCUUCCAAGUUGAGAGGAUAUAGUCUCCUGUAUGAUUCGCAUGGGUCUUUUGAAACCGUCAUGAAUGUCCGCAACGAGAUCGGCAAGGGCAACUUGACCCUCAGCAACCUUUUAAUGCUUACCAGACCGAGGUCGAGCUUGAAAGCAGAAGAUGCUAUUUAUGCCUUGUUGGGCCUGCUUCCCGAUUUCGCGCAGUACCUCACCAAGAAUCAAAAUCCACUCGCCGUAAGAGAUUCUCGAUCUUCCCAGGCCGAUGCCCUUUUCGAUCUCUAUUUGCAGGCCUUUAGGUAUUGUCUGGAAAAGGAAAACGCCUUGACUGUUCUCAGUGCGGCCGGCAAGUAUAAGGGCAACGUGGAAAUGCUUGAUUGGCCAUCUUGGCUGCCUGACUGGCGCCAGCAACUUCCAUUACGACCUCUGAUCUUGUCAGAUUCAACAGUCCUGGGACCAGAAUCGUCUUUCGACGAUGAAACUUUCGGGACUGGUAUCAGCAACUGCAAUCACAAGGAAGAAAGCCCAGUCUACAUGCUCAAGGCGGGUUCUGAUACUCCUCUACCUUAUUCCAACCAAGAAUACACCAUGACUGUAAGGGGCAUUCGUCUUGGAUGUCUCGCCGUCCGUCCUGGAACAUGGCCUAGCAUAUUCUUGAUCCCGGAGCGACUCGCAUCGAGCCACAUCCAAUCGCCAAACGCAGCCCCUGGAGGACAGAAGUACUCCAGAUCCAUCAAUGAAUUAAUUCCAUUCCCUCUCCCUCAACCUCAGCCGUCACCUCAACAAAAUACCUCCUCGUACGCAGAGAAGCUAUUCCAGAAGUGUCUGAAACUCAAGGCAACUUGUGAACCCGUCCGUACUGCUACAAUGGUGCAAAAUGGAGACUGGCUAUGUGCUUUCCUAGGUGGGAAAGUCCUUUAUGCUGUGCGGCCUCUUGCCGAGGCUGCCUCACCUCGUCUAAGCCUGCGAGAUCGAAGCCGGGCUAAGAUGAAGCAGAAUCGUAGGAAGCUACGAAUGCCUGACGUAAGCUCUCCGUCCAAGGCGGAAAUAUCUCUCCGCUGCACAUUCAUUGGGGAAUGUGCCAUGAAUGGCCUAUACCCCAGCGAUGUGCUCGACAAGAACCCGGAACACAUUCUGGAGUUUGAGCUUGUUUGAACGUCGUUGAGAAAUGGUUGGGUCGUCUAUUUCUCACGUGACCACGAGGCCGCUGAAAUUCCGGCCAAUUCGCCAAUCAGCUUCAAGGAGCGCAAGGCUUUCCGGCCAGGCGAAUCACAAAUGUCCAUGCUCAGGUUUGGAUGCGUAUCGAAUUCCGGCCUCAGUGG